UCGCGAUACAGUUUAUCUGUCGUUAAAUGAUCGUACCCACCGGUCUGCCGAUCAUAGUUCGAGUGUAGCAUCCCGUAAAAUAUGUACUUUCUCCGCCCGGCGUUGUUAUAUAGUAGCAUGCCCCAUGGUAAAUCGUAGUUGAACGAUUUCUCACCUCGGACAACGUUCCUAAAUUGCGAUUCACUUGCAACGUUUUUUUCGCGUAACAACGCGCCAGUUGUUCUCUUUUUCUUCUUCUUCUUUUUUUUUUUUUUUUUUUUUUUUUUUUUUUUUUUUUUUUUUUGCACAUAUUUCACAGUGUGCGUCCGUUUUUGCUUUAGCCCUUUCGUCUGCAUAUAUAUUCAUUUUUCACACCGAUCUCGCGGAUGGAUCGGCGGUUUCGCGGAAGACGAUUCCUCGUCGUAAACGAUUCGAGUGGAACAAUGAUUAGAACGUGGAAAUGCACACUUUUUUGGGUAGUGUUUGUGAUUCUUCUGUCGGGUUGCUUGUUUGCUAUAUUGCGACAGAAACAGCCAAAGCGCCAGCAGCAGCCAAAUAUUAUUGUUAUCAUGGUGGAUGAUCUUGGCUGGAACGACGUGAGUUUUCACGGUGCCAAUCAAAUACCCACGCCAAAUAUAGACGCUCUGGCUUACAACGGCGUGAUAUUACAACGACACUACGUUUUACCGAUAUGCACACCAUCAAGGACAGCCUUUCUUACUGGACGUUAUCCUAUUCGAACAGGUAUGCAAGGUUAUCCGCUAAAGGCGGGAGAACGACGCGCCAUACCUUUGGGCAACACUCUCCUGCCGGAAUAUUUACAGAAAUUAGGAUACGCCACGCAUCUUGUAGGAAAAUGGCACACUGGCUAUUACAGUGAUUAUCAUACGCCAGCCUAUCGUGGUUUCGACACGUUCAUGGGAUAUUACACUGGUUACGUCACGUACUUCAAUCAUACCAUUGAACAAGAU